GCCAGGCCGUUGGGAGGGUUUUGAAGACUGUCACUCGUUAUCUUCUUUCUCGCCAUUCCCAUCUUUCAAAUCUAAAUGCAGAACAAGAUGAAGGUCUGGGUAAUGGGUUACCGUUCGUUAGUGGGUGUAACGCCAUUAAUGUCUUUGAGAAGAAACAGAACCUUUGCUUUUACAUCAUCUUCAGAUUCGGCUCUCAAAUGGGAAGGUGGGGUUUCAAUGGUGCAAGGAGCUUCUAGAGGAAUUGGCCUUGAAUUUGUUAAACAGCUUCUGGAGAAAAACGAGCUAGGCCAUGUUAUAGCCACUUGUCGUGAUCCUAAUGGGGCAACUGGUCUUCUUGAUUUGAAAAAUAAGUUUACAGAACGCCUCAACAUUCUAGAGCUGGAUGUUACCAAAGAAAGCACUAUAGAGGCAUCUGCGAGGUCCAUAAAAGAAAGAUAUGGCUAUCUGAACCUUCUCAUUAAUGCUUCCGGCAUUCUUUCAAUACCUAACGUGCUACAACCAGAGACAACAUUAAACAGGGUUGAGAAGUCAUCUUUAAUGCUUGCUUAUGAGGUUAAUGCAGUUGGUCCUAUACUAGUGAUAAAGUUUGGCUUGCAGUUUAGUAACAGAAGUAGAGAACAAUCUGGAAAGAAUUUCUCCAAACAGCAUAUGUGGCCGCUCCUUAAGGUUGGGGGAGGCUCUGGGACUAACAGGGACGUCGCGGUUAUUGCCAAUCUAAGUGCUAGAGUGGGAUCUAUCGGGGACAAUCGUCUCGGGGGUUGGCAUGCUUAUCGAUCUUCAAAAACUGCACUUAAUCAGUUGACAAAAACAGUGUCGGUAGAGCUUACUCGGAAAAGGGAUCAAAUCGUAUGCAUUCUAUUACAUCCAGGCACGGUUGACACUGAUCUAUCUCGGCCAUUUCAGAGAAACGUCCCGGAAUGCAAGCUUUUCACGAAAGAGUUCUCAGUGCAGAAGCUGUUGCAUAUAAUUGAAAAUGCAAAGAGCAAUGACAAUGGCAAGUUCUUUGCUUGGGAUGGUCAGGAAAUUCCUUGGUGAUAACUUGUGUUUGUUUGUAUACAGAGAAUCACUGACAAACUCAAAUUUGGAUUUGCUUUGUUAAUGGAUUAUUUAUCUAACAAUUUCAGUUCUUUCAGAUGAAAUUUCAUUCCUUGGCCUUG